CGAGCAAUUUUUUUGUUCAUUAUGGAAAACUCUAUAUCUGUUGUUUUUGUUUUCCAUCUAUAAAUACCCUACUUGCCUUCAUGGCAGGCCUUAGAUAACUAGCUAUACAUUUUCAUUCUCAUCAUCCCUUUUUUUUUUUUUAACACCAUUUGUCUCGCGUCCUCAUACGCAGAUACAACCAUGGUUGUUUCAGGCAAAAAAACUAUGCUCCUAGUGCUUGUAUCGACGUUUCUUCUUGGUUUGUUAUCUGUUUCCUGUUUGGCAGAGCUUCAGCGUUUCGAACACGCUGCGAAACCUGAUGGAUCUCUUAGCUUCUUGGUGGUCGGAGAUUGGGGAAGAAAAGGACUCUAUAACCAAUCUAAAGUUGCUCUUCAGAUGGGAAUCAUUGGAGAAAAAUUAGAUGUUGACUUCAUAAUCUCAACCGGAGAUAACUUUUACGACAGAGGAUUGACCGGUAUAGACGAUCCAGCAUUCCAUCAAUCCUUUACUGAUAUCUACACAGCUCCUAGCUUGCAAAAGCAAUGGUACAAUGUGUUGGGUAAUCAUGAUUACAGGGGUAACGUUGAGGCUCAGUUGAGUCCCAUUCUUACAAAGAUGGAUAGCAGAUGGCUUUGCUUGAGAUCUUUUAUCCUCAAUGCUGGACCUGAUAUGGCAGAAUUUUUCUUUGUAGACACUACUCCAAUGGUGGACAAAUACUUCAUCGACCCAGAAGAUGAAGUCUAUGACUGGAAGGGCGUAUUACCCAGAGAGAAUUACAUUAAGAAUCUUUUAAUGGAAGUGGAAUCGGCUUUAAGGGAAUCCACAGCAAAGUGGAAGAUAGUAGUGGGUCACCAUACAAUCAAAAGUGCUGGACAUCAUGGCAACACUGUUGAGCUUGGGAUUUAUCUUCUCCCAAUCAUUCAGGCAUAUGAUGUUGAUCUUUAUAUCAACGGGCAUGACCAUUGCUUGGAGCAUAUUAGCAGCACUGAGAGUCCAAUUCAAUUUUUAACAAGUGGUGGAGGAUCAAAGUCCUGGAGGGGUGAUAUUAAAUGGUGGAAUCCACAAGAAAUGAAAUUCUAUUAUGAUGGACAAGGUUUCAUGUCAGUGGAAAUGACUCAGACUGAGGUUGAUGUUAACUUCUAUGAUGUUUCUGGCAAUGUUUUGCACAAAUGGAGCACUUCCAAGCAGCUUUCUUCUGCAAUGUAAGGAAAGUUAAUCGCAUUAAAACACCUUGGACGUCAAUUGGUUUUCCUACAUCAUCUAGUAGCUAUUAGAAACAAGAGUGGAAAAGGAAAAGCAGAGGAGAGAAACUUUGGUUAAUCUUGGGAGCUUUGUAUUUUUAGCUAUAUCCUUUUUUGUUUUUAUUGAAAUCGAAUAUGUUAUUUGAUAUUACGACAUUACAAUUUGGUUGAUUUCAAGUUAACCCAAUUUCUUACUCCA